CAGCUGCGGCGUCUUUGCCUCUCAGGCUGGGCCAUGGCAGGGCCCUGGCUGCUGCUUCUCCUGACCCUGGGCGCGCCGGCUCUCCCCACAGGUUUAUGCACUGCUCCUUUCCCAUCAAUGGCUCCCCCGCUCACCCUGUUGGUAGAUGGGCGACAGAAGACACUGGUGAUCUGCCUGGUCGUCGAUGUCUCGCCUCCACUUGAGGAUGGCUCCAUCUGGUUCUCAUCUGGCAAUGGCACCACCUUGGAAGCCUUCACUUAUGGCCCCUCACCCGCUGGAGAUGGCACCUGGAGCAGCCUGGCCCAGCUCUCCCUCCCUGCCGAGGAGCUGGCUUCCUGGGAACCUCUGGUCUGCCAUGCAGGGCCAGGUUGGAAGAAUCAGGGACCAAGCACCCAACCUCUUCAGCUAUCUGGUAAGCCCAUGGGAAAGAAGUGCCAGCAGGAGCCAACCAUUGUACCAAACAGCCUCUCCCAGAUGCUGGUCCUAGAGGUCAUUCGGCUCAUCCUCUUCAAGCUGCUUCUAUUUGAUGUGCUGAUGACCUGCAAUCACCUGCGAAUGCUAGGAGUCAUAGCCACAAACAGUCCUGACCUUGGGAUCCAGCGCCAGGGGUCACGGGUCUAA